AUGGAGCAUCCCGCUGGCCGCUGGCUGGAACCUGUUGCUUCGUAGUUCCGUGUUGUGCAAUGGACGGCAGUGUCCACCACGAUAUAACAGUUGGUACAAAGAGAGGAUCUGACGAGCUUUUCUCCAGCGUCUCCAACGGCCCGUAUAUCAUGAGCACCACAGGUCAGACAAACGCCAGUAUAGCCAAUGGCAAUGAUAGCAAGAAGUUCAAAGGUGACAUAAGAGGUCCCAGCUUGCCAUCCAGGGUCAUCCACAUCCGCAAGCUUCCCAGCGACAUCACAGAGACCGAGGUCAUCAGCCUUGGCCUGCCCUUUGGAGACGUCACCAACCUACUGAUGCUUAAAGCCAAGAACCAGGCCUUCUUAGAGAUGAACUCAGAGGAAGCAGCUCAGAACAUGGUGGGUUAUUACUCCACAAUGAUGCCUUUCAUCAGAAACCAUCCGGUCUUUGUUCAGCUCUCCAACCACAAGGAGCUCAAAACUGACAACUCCCCCAACCAGGAGAGAGCGCAGGCAGCUCUCCGCGCCCUCAGCGCCUCUCAUGUGGACACGGCGUUGGCGGCUCCGAGCACAGUCCUGAGGGUUGUGGUGGAGAACCUGGUCUACCCCGUCACUUUGGAUGCACUCUGCCAGAUCUUCUCAAAGUUUGGCACUGUACUGAGGAUCAUCGUUUUCACCAAGAACAGUCAGUUCCAGGCUCUGCUGCAGUAUCCAGAUGGAGCGUCGGCCCAGGCUGCCAAACUGUCUCUGGACGGUCAGAACAUCUAUAACGGCUGCUGCACUUUGAGGAUCAGCUUCUCCAAACUCAGCAGCCUCAAUGUCAAAUACAACAACGAGAAAAGCCGAGACUUUACAAGACCAGACCUGCCCUCUGGAGACAACCACCCCACUAUGGAGCACCCGGCCAUGGCUACAGCCUUCACUCCAGGUAUCAUCUCAGCUGCACCUUAUGCUGGAGCAACUCACGCAUUCCCACCUGCCUUCACCAUCCAGCCUGCAGUGUCCUCCCCCUAUCCAGGCCUGACAGUCCCCACUUUGCCUGGAGCUCUGGCCUCGCUGACUCUUCCCGCUGCUGCCAGGCUGGGAUUCCCCAGCUUCCCUGCUGGACACUGUGUCCUGCUGGUCAGCAACCUCAACCCAGAAAGAGUUACGCCCCACUGCCUCUUUAUUCUCUUCGGUGUUUAUGGAGACGUGAUGAGAGUGAAGAUUCUGUUCAACAAGAAGGAAAAUGCUCUGGUUCAGAUGAGUGACAGCACGCAGGCUCAGCUAGCCAUGAGCCACCUGAAUGGCCAGCGGCUGCAGGGAAAGCCGCUUCGCAUCACGUUGUCCAAACACACCAGCGUCCAGCUUCCCCGUGAAGGCCACGAGGACCAGGGCCUGACCAAAGACUACAGCAGCUCCUCCCUGCACCGCUUCAAGAAACCUGGCUCCAAAAACUAUUCCAACAUCUUUCCCCCUUCUGCCACUUUACACCUCUCCAACAUCCCCCCGUCUGUGGUGGAAGAUGAUCUGAAGAUGCUGUUUUCCAGCUCAGGAGCCAUCGUCAAGGCCUUCAAGUUCUUCCAGAAGGACCAUAAGAUGGCUCUGAUCCAGAUGGGCUCCGUGGAAGAAGCCAUCGAGUCUCUCAUCGAGUUCCACAACCACGAUUUGGGAGAAAACCACCACCUGCGGGUCUCCUUCUCCAAGUCCUCCAUCUGAGCCACGGUUCCCCCAUCUGGGUCCUCCUCAUGGUGUCCACUACACUCCAAUCAUUCCAUCACACGUCUGCAGAAACCACGUGAAGUCUGGUUAACGUUAAAUUAUUAUAAAUCUUCUAGAGGAGUCUCCAGGACAUUAAAAAACCUGCGUUUAAUCUCAAAAGUCGGACUGAAGCCAGAGUUCUUAGAUUCUAGUCAGAGUUCAGAGUCCUUCUAGUUGAGGAGUCGGUACCUUUGUAGCCUCUCUUGCCUUUCGACUUUAAUCCCAGGUUGGAGGGAUUAGAGUCAGCCUUUUAUUGUGAGCUCUGACUUAAUUUCUUUAAAUUCUGACUUUAUUAACUGAGGUUUAUCUCAGACUCCUGUAUGUCCCUGAUCCUUUUCCGUAGUUUUUCCCUGUCAGACUAGCAGCCUGCCUGUAAAUAGUCCUCUCUGACGGCGUAGCGUCACCCUCCGACUGUCAGAUUUCAGACCGGCGCCGUUUAGGGACGCCUGGUUCCACCUGCAGAGGAUCCCCGUGCCUUAUUCCUGGAGUCAGAAUGACCUCGACUUUAACGUAAAAAAGCCUGAUUGGCGAGAGCAGGUUUACAGGUGGUAAAGGUUUACUGUUGAGAUGUAUUACGGAUAACUUCAUAUUUUAUUGGUGUUUGUCAGUACUUUCUGUUAGUGUUUUGUACUGCUGGUUACUGUAGCGUGAAACAUGUGAACUGCUUGUGUUUUAGCGGGUUUGCUGGGUCUUUAGUCCUAGAUGCAAUUUUUUUCUAUUACUUUUCGACUUCUUUAUUUCCACGUAUGCAAUCAUGUUGUAAUCAAAUAUUGUAGCAAUAUUUUAAUCAUUCCUGUACUCUUGGUUUGUUUUCUCGGCUGCGUCCAUCCUGUGAUGCGCAGCUGAAUGUUUCCGUAGCUCGUCUCUUCUGUCGCGUCGCCUCUCUGAACGGUUUAUUUAUAAGUUUGUGAUCCACUACAGCUGAAACCAAAAACGGCCUUUUAGAUGCAAACAAAAACCACCUGCCUCAGGUUUCUGGUUUAAGGACUUAAAAAGAAAAGAUGAACUGGUUCAGGCUUUCUUAGUGUUUUCCUUUGGGGAAUCUCUGUGUUUUAUUCAUGUCUCAACCACUUCACUGGAUUCAGCCGACCAGUGCGACCUUAAUUUUUAUUGCAAAACAAGAUGUUAUGUAGAGUGCCUUGAACACAGCACUGAGUCGUAUCAUCAGGCAUUAAUUCCUCUUUUAAUCUGAGGUGAAAGUUGACCAGGAAGAAUCCCGGAAACCUACUGAAACAAGACGCUGGUUUGGUUUAUUUGUGUGUUAUUUUAAUUAUUCUAAUGUCGACAUUCCAGCUGCUCAGAGGUCCACCCCAUCUUCAAAACAACAGCAAUCUGGCUGCUCAAACUAAACCUUUCCUUCAAAUGAGAAGCUGAAUUUGAGUUAUGAUGCAUUCAGGUAUGCCUGGGGAGAAUUUAAUGACACUAAAUAGAAAUAAAAACAAAGAAAUGGGGGAUGUUCAGGCUCCUCAGAAUCCCCCAUGAGUCCAGUUUUAUUCCAGAGAGGAAGCUGGAAAACAGAAGCCAUGACUAUCCUGAUGGACCACGGUAUGCUGGACGUUUAAAGAAUCCUCCACCAGGUUCCUGUUGGGAUCAAAAUCAGCUGAUGACAGAAACUGGACCGAGGCUGCAGUUUACAGCUACAAGCUGACCAAUCAGAACAGAGCAGAGAGGUGAUGAGCAGGCAGGUACCAGGCUAACCGGAUCCACACUGAGCAUCAUUACCGUGGAGCAGGUGGAUGAUGCCACUUCCGCCUCCAUGCUGAGAAGUUUUCAGCUCUUUGGGAACCACCUUGCUGCUGCUAAAAUCCUGCUAAGUUUGCGUUCCUCCUGCUCAGACUCGGAAGAAAAAUGUGCACUAUGAGAACAGCAGCUAAUUUUGGUGAUUAAUUAUUAAUCCUGACAACGUUUCGUGAACAACCCCACGGUAACAACGUAAUUAUCAAUAACUCGCUGCUGCUUACGCUAGAAACGUAAUGAAAGCCACAAAUCAGAAAGAAACAAAGACAACUGAGCUGUACUGAGCGCAGCCGUCUUCAAAUCUGAAAUCUCCGGGUCCUCUGCUACUUAAAGUUCUCCGUUCAGAAAAACAAGGUCACUUAGUAAUUUCUGGAAAAUCCCUUCAGAAAAUGAGCCCUGAAGACAACUGGAAGCACAUAACGGAGCAUGGAUGAAAGUUUUCCCAAUGAUCCUGAUGAGAAGGAUGCAAUGAACGAUGCCACGGCAGCAAGUUAAAACAUUUCUAGCAGAGUCUCUAUUUAAAGUUGAAGCAGAGUAUAAACAUCGACUUGGAUCCGUAUGAUCGGAUCAUGUGACAUUUUCACAGCCGUGGCAUAAAACCGCUCACCUGGAGCUGCUGCCAGCUUCACUGGAAAGUUCAGUUUCAGGAUCAGUUUUUAUGUGACGUUACGUGAAACCAGAGAUAUGAAUUUGAUAUAAUCAAGAAAGCUAUGUUGUAAUGUUGUAAAUUGGUUGAUACCUGAUAAUUCUUCAUUGUACCAGUAGAGGGACCAGGAGUACCACUGGUGGUACUUGUAGGUUGAGUACAAUGGAUGUCUGCUUGUCCAGGAGUUACUUUUGGAAAACACUCUGUGUGGGAUUCAGUAUCUUCCUCGGCUACUUUGGUUCAGCAGGUGAACUGGAGAAAUCCUCUCCCCUACUCUGCUCUGAUUGGCUAGCUCCAGUGGCCUGGUCAGGCUCCGCCCACCCCUCUGAGCUGCUUUCACAGUGUGGAGACAUCUGAAAUGGACCAAUGAAAACACUCAGCCACGCGACCAUCUCUGCCUUUACAGUUUCUCCCAGGUGUAUUUGAACGCAUCAGGAGCCUUGGGUUUUAGGUGAGGCGGGAGUGAGUCGGUAACAGGAGGGAAGGGGUGUUCAACUGUACAUACAUGUUUUAUACGCAGUUGUCUGAGAGGUGAUUGUCAGUUUUUUAUCUGAUGAAACGUGUAUAUUUUGAUUAAAGUGUGUGAUCGGUUCUGAGCCUUACACUGUUUGUGUCACAAAGAAAAAAAAAAAGAUUAAAUCACUUUUUAUCUAAAAGUCCGUUGAGUCGUCUGUU